GGACGUACAGAAACAAUGUUGCUGAGUCUGCAGCUGCUGCUUGUACUGACUCUGUCUAUAAGGACAGAUGGAUAUUAUUUGUCUUGGAUAGAUGAAUGUAUUACCAGCUCUCCAGAUCUGACAGAUGUGGAAUACCUUAGGAGUUAUUAUUUUAAUAAGGACCCAUGGGUUCAGUUCAACAGCACCGUAGGAAAGUUUAUAGGAUUUGGAGAGUAUGGAGUGAAGAACGCAGAGUACUGGAACAAUGAUCCUUAUGUACAGCAGAUGCAAGGUGAAGUGGAGAGAUACUGCAAACACAAUCUACCAAUUUUUUACUCUGCUAUUCUGGAUAAAACAGUGAAGCCAGUGGUCCAGCUCAGGUCAGAACAGCAAGCCAGUGCUGGUCAUCCAGCCCUGCUGAUGUGCAGUGCAUACAACUUCUACCCCCCAGUCAUCGAUGUGUACUGGCUGAGAGACGGUAAAAAGGUGACCACUGAUGUGAUUUCCACUGAGGAGAUGGCUGAUGGAGACUGGUACUACCAGGUCCACUCCCACCUGGAGUACACGCCCACAUCUGGAGAGAAGAUCUCCUGUGUGGUGGAGCACACCAGCUCCAAGGAACCCAUCAUCCAUAACUGGGAUCCUACGCUUCCUGAGUCUGAGAGGAACAAGAUUGCUAUCGGAGCUUCAGGGCUGGUGUUGGGGAUCAUCCUGUCAGCUGCUGGAUUCAUCUACUACAAGAAGAAAUCCUCAGGAAUACUGUGAAGUUAAGUCAGGGUAAGACUACAGGGUUCUUGUGUUGCUAUUGAGGACUCAUCUUUGAUCUCAAGUGAUGAAGCAGUGGAGUCUGUGAUCAGCUUUUCUUACCUUUUCUUUCUUCUUUAGUGUUUUCAAUUUUAUUUUGUUUUUGGCAUAACGUCUUCCCUAUUGGUUUAAUGCUGUUUUCACUGUUGCAUUUUAAAAGACAACUACAUGUAAGUUUCUGUUAUGAUCAGUAACUCCAUAUGUAUAUCAUUUACAGUGGAAUUGGUUCUUGCGUUUUUAAUUUUUUUA